AUUUCUCAUUAUAUUCCUAGCUAGCUUAGUUACUUCAAGGUAGGUAGAACAGUAUAUGCUUUCAUUAGUUAGAAUGCUCUCUUCCAAUCAUUCCAACUCGCUUACGCAGCUCUCAGCCCCCUCCGCCACCUCCCACGGCGGAGGAUAUUACAUCCUUCCUGAAUUCCAUGAUCACAACAACCUCUAUCACCACCACUUCCACCAGUUUUCAUGGAACACCCACAAUUUGUUGGUCAACUUUAAUAGCAACAGUGAAGUCAACAACAAUAUUUAUAGCAAUGAAGACAAUAAUGCAGGUAAUACCUACAUCCGAAAGGAAUCUUUGUUGUUCACCGGCAGGCCGGAGAAGGCGGCGGCCAAGAAAAAGGACCGCCAUACUAAAAUCAUGACUGCUCAAGGGCAAAGGGACCGGAGAGUCCGGCUGUCGAUCUCCAUAGCUCAGAAGUUCUUCCACCUUCAAGACACCUUGGGUCUUGACAAGCCCAGCAAAACCCUAAAUUGGUUACUCGCCAAAUCGAAGCAAGCCAUUGAGGAGCUGAACCACGCCGCCGCUGACAGCCCGCCGUCUUCCGCCGUGAAGGAUGGAGUGUCCCCAGAGACGAGUAAGACAAGGGCAAGAGCCUGUUCCAUCAAAGUUGGGAAAAAGGUCUUUGGGGUCAACAAAAGUAAUGAUGCUGCUAAAGAAUCUAGGGCAAAGGCUAGGGCUAGGGCUAGAGAAAGAACAAUCAAGAAAAUGUUUAUUAGAGAAUUGAGUGAAGCCAAUCUCUUACUACCAGCACCUGUUUGGAGUACUCAACCUCCACUUCCCCUAGUAGAAUAUCCCUUAGACUAUGAUGAUGUGGCAGCUAAAGAACCAAUGGGAAACAAGAAGAUAGUGAGGCCUUUCUCAAUGUGGGAUUGUCCCCAGCAUCUUAUGAUGCCCAAAGAUUUGGGAUCUGUUGACAGCAACAACAAUGUCUACUCUCAUAGUUGUGAUGCUGCAAAUUGGAACAGUGCUGCUACUACUACAAUUUCACCCCAAGUAUUCAAAUUUGCAGAGGAUCACUGGACUGGUUUGACCUCAAAUAUAUACCAUAGCUAAGUAAUGUGGUUUAUACAACUCCUAGCUAGUUAUUCACCAACAUAUGUGAGCUGCUCUGUGUCUAUACCUAGAUCUUCAUUCUUGAAUAUUGGUGCGUAAUCUAUAUCAGAAGCAACAAAUAUACAAGUGCUUGAAGGGAUAUACCAAUGAAAAAUUUCCUGCAUGUGAUCAUUCACCAGCUAUUCGAUUUGGUGUUCUGUGUGUGCUUGUUUUUUGACAAAAGAAGAAUAAGAAGUAAUGAGUAGAUGUGGUGUGUGCUUGUUUUAGAUAUAUCAAAUGUAAUUGAUAUUUUUCUACUUGGAUUACUUUCAUUUUUAAAAGAAUUUAAUAAACACAAGCACAACUGGUGCGUGAGGUCAUAUCUCAUUUGGCUUCCAUUAGGUAAUCGUUCUAGUUCCUUAUGCAAUUUCAGAAUGUUUUAAUUGUACUCAAAUUUGUUGAUCUGGUCUGAUCUAUUCAAGUCUGCUCUUGUCUGGUCUGAUUUGAUAAAUACGGAGUAUUUGGUAUAUGUGUAUUUUAUAACUAUGAAAUGUGAUAACCGUUCAAAGAAUCAUAUAUUGAUGGAAUCAUCA